AUGUCUCGCGAAAACCUCUCCAUCGUGCUCGCUGAGCGUCCCACUGCCGACAUCAUCCCCGGCCAGACCUUUACCCAGAAGACUUCAGCUGCGCCUACACCGGCUGAUCUCAAGGAUGGCGAGAUUCUCGUCGAGACUUUGUACCUCUCUCUAGACCCCGCCAUGCGAGGCUGGCUUCGAGAUGCCCGCUCAUAUCUCCCUCCUGUUCAGAUCGGCCAGACCAUGCGUGGCUCAACCGCUUGCCGUGUCCUCGCCUCCAAGAGCAAGCAGGCCAAGGAGGGCGACAUUGUCGCUGCCAUGACCGGCUGGACCGAGUUCGCCAUCCUCCCCGAGGGCCGUUUCGAGCCUGCUUCUUACUACCCCGGCGUGCAAGACCCCAAGGACAUGCUCUCUGCGCUCGGCAUGACCAGCUUGACUGCCUGGGUGGGCAUGUCCAAGAUCGCUGAUCCCAAGCCUGGUGAGACCGUUGUUGUCUCUGGCGCUGCUGGUGCGACUGGUAGCGUUGCUGGUCAGAUCGCUAAGCUUAAGGGUGCUCGUGUUGUGGGUAUUGCUGGUGGUGAGGAUAAGUGCAAGUGGCUCACCGAGGAGUUGGGCUUCGAUGUUGCGCUCAACUACAAGGCCGAUGACUUUAAGCAAAAGCUCGCCGAGGCUACCAAGGACUUUAUCGACGUCUACUUCGAUAAUGUCGGUGGCGACAUUCUCGACCUGUGUCUCAUGCGCGCAAAGGAGCACGCCCGCUUCGUCGAAUGCGGCCUCGUCAGCCAGUACAACGCCGCCAAGCCCACAGGCCCCAGAGCCUUUUCUCAGAUCGUCACGAUGCGCAUCAAGAUGCAGGGCUUCAUCGUCCUCGACCACGUCAAGGAGUUCCCCGCCGCGCGCGCUGAGCUGGCUCAGUGGAUUGCCGAGGGCAAGCUCAAGAAGACCGAGACUGUUGUGCGAGGCGGCCUCAAGGUUGCUGAGCAGGCUCUUGUUGACCUGUACAAGGGUAUCAACACAGGAAAAUUGAUCGUUGAGAUCAAGAACCACAAUGAGACGCCUUCUAAGCUGUAA